CGAAGAGCCAUGCAGCUUAUUAUAAUAAUUUCCAUGUUGCUUGUUGCCCAAGCUGUCCCAUACAAAGUAGUGACGCGCCAACCCCGAGGGUUUCCAGUGAGCCCCAGACGCUUAAAGAAUUCUGUUUGUGGCGAAACUCCUGAGGAGCCAGUUUCGGGUACCAAGUGCAAUGGUGGCCUAAAGAGAUAUACUUAUUAUGUAGCAACGAAUGAAUGCAAGUCGUUCAUCUAUGGUGGUUGCCUAGGCAAUAAAAACAAUUUUCAUACUAUGCAAGAUUGUGUAGAAAUAUGCAGAUUUAACUAAUUUUAAAAGAAAAUGUUGCUAAAAUUAAUAA